GCCAAUGCGCGGCGCCGGCUGGGAUCGCCCAGGGCGGGGGCUGGAGGGACCCGGCCGUGCCGCCCUUCGCUGCUGCCGCCGCCUUGCGCGCCUCAUCCCGGCUCUCCGAACCCGACACCAUGCCACAAGAAGAGUAGAUCUCUUCCCCCAUUCUCACAAUGGAGGACUCGGGAAAGAAGACUUUCAGCUCUGAGGAGGAAGAAGCUAACUAUUGGAAAGAUCUGGCUAUGACCUACAAGCAGAGGGCAGAGAAUACGCAAGAGGAACUCCGAGAAUUCCAAGAGGGAAGUCGAGAAUAUGAAGCCGAAUUGGAGACGCAGUUGCAACAAAUCGAAACUAGGAACAGGGAUCUCCUGUCAGAAAAUAACCGCCUUCGCAUGGAGCUAGAAACCAUCAAGGAGAAGUUUGAAAUGCAGCAUUCUGAGGGCUACCGGCAGAUCUCAGCCUUAGAGGAUGACCUCACCCAGACGAAAGCAAUUAAAGAUCAAUUGCAGAAAUAUAUCCGAGAGCUGGAACAAGCAAAUGAUGACUUGGAAAGAGCAAAACGGGCCACAAUCAUGUCUCUGGAAGACUUUGAGCAGCGCUUGAAUCAAGCCAUUGAAAGAAAUGCCUUCCUGGAGAGCGAACUUGACGAGAAGGAGAAUCUCCUGGAAUCCGUUCAGCGACUGAAGGAUGAGGCCAGAGAUUUGCGGCAGGAAUUGGCCGUGCAGCAGAAGCAGGAGAAACCCAGGACUCCUAUGCCCAGCUCGGUGGAAGCUGAAAGGACAGACACCGCCGUCCAGGCCACUGGCUCCCUGCCAUCCACUCCCAUAGCUCACCGAGGACCCAGCUCGAGUUUAAACACACCAGGGACGUUCCGACGUGGUCUGGAUGAUUCCUCCAGUGGGACCCCCCUCACACCUGCAGCCCGAAUAUCUGCCCUCAACAUCGUGGGAGACUUGCUGCGGAAAGUAGGGGCAUUGGAGUCCAAACUUGCAUCCUGCCGGAACUUUGUGUAUGAUCAGUCCCCAAACCGAGCAAGCGUCCCAGCCUCAGGACGGGGGAGCCGGAGCAGAGACGGCAGCGACAGAUGGCCAGGCAGCACCAGCGUGCCUUUGGGUGAAAAAGGGUUGGGAACGCGCCUGGAAUUUGGGAAGCCGCCUUCAAAUAUUUCCUCACCAUCACUGCCGUCAGCCCAAGGUGUAGUCAAGAUGUUGCUUUAGGAAAACCACAGAAGCCGAACCCCUUGGUGUUAGUUCGGGAGUGGUUCUUGUUACCUUUCUUCCUCUCUUUAAAUAUCUUUGAACUAUUUUUUUUUAAGUUAGUUUGAGAAACAUGACAGCAGUCACCAUAGUUAGCUUUGUGUUCCAAGCAAAUGACUUGAGGCCGUCACCAAUGGCCCCUGACGUUUGUCCCCAGAAAUGUCUGGUGAUCAUUAAGCCUCACUGUCGUCACAUGUUGCAAAGGGACAGGGAUAGACUGGACCCUCUGGGAAGAGCUCCAAGUUGUCGGCGAUGAGGCCAGAUUUGGGCGAAACCAAGAGUCCUGGUUGGUCUUGAGAGGUGUUUUUAACCUUCAGGGAUUCCUUAAACCUGGGAGGCCGAGCCCAUCGCAGAGGCCCACGCCUGCCCUUUAAGCUCUCACCCCGACCCCACUCAGCUGGAGCUGUCGUCCAGAACGAAAUCUCCAGUGCUUGAUGGCACAGUAAGGAUGGGCGUACGUAAAUCAUGUCUGGAAGUGAAAAGCAGAGUAGGCGCAUGCCUUUUUCUUAAACCGUGGUAGUGUACCUCUGAAACUUUAAUCUGCCUCUUACCGAGGAGGCAUUUAGAGAUUUAGAGGUGUGGUCGAAUUUCAGAGUAAAUUUCAUACUGACCAGGGUCCCUCCAAAAUCUGUGUCCUCUUUAGGUAAAUCCCAACAAUUAGUUUUCCUGACCUGGAAAAGGCUGAGGGUCAUGAGGCACAGUGGCCUUGGAUAAUGCAGCCCUAAGAGCAGGAUUCGUUCACAGCUGAAAUGAAUUAAUCGGGGUGACCUUCAAAUAGGACCACAGCUUGAGGACUGUUGUUGGAAGCUUCCUUUGCAAACAAGGAAAUGAAUACAGGAUUUCCAACACUCAGCGGGGUGUUGUGUCCUCAUCACUGCUUGUUAUGAACUGUCUCACACUUCCAGAGGUGAGUUAAAAAAACAGCUAAUUUCAGGAGCAUGUGCACAGCUUACUGACCUUCCUUUUGUUACUAAGUUAUUUUCCGAAACAACAGCAAAAACACCCUCGAGUCAAAAAUCUAGCUUUUUAAGUGCUACUGAAAUUCAGCAGAAAAAUUACAGUGCCGGGUUUGUCACCCUAAGAAACAUUUCUUAACCUGUAUCACUGAAAGAUGUACUUUUAUUUUUUUAAAAGAACAAUAAAAUCAAGAGACGUCAGUGUUU